AUGAGGGUGGCAGCACGAAAAAGCAAGGGGCGCGGCGGUGUUGUUGAGGUGGUGAAGGGCGAGCAAGGAGAGGCCAUGAAUGGCGGGGAGGAGGGGGGGGAGGGGCGAGUGCGGACGCCAUGUGGGAGCACGCUCAUUGUGUGUCCAGCGGCCAUUCUUCCUCAGUGGCGAGACGAGGUCUUGCGCAUUUCCUCGCCUGCCUCCUCGGGUGAUGAGGGGACAGACAGGGCCUUUCGUGGAAGGGGGGGUGGUAAGGUGGGAGACGGGCGUGAGGGAGGGCGAGGAGGGGGUGGAAAGGGGAAGAGGCAGGUGGAUUGGGGGCGAAGGGAGAGGCUAGAUGUGGAGUGCAGCGAGGUGUGGGAGGAGGUGGAUGAAGUCACGCCUCAUGAUCUCGCAGCUGCUGACAUCGUGCUGGUGUCGUACGAAAUGCUUAGUGGCGACAUCUGGCACGAUGGGCCCACAAGAGUGUUGCGACAUAAGAAGAGGUACGAGGCCCGCCCCACGCCCCUCACACGUCUGCACUGGUGGCGGGUGUGUCUGGACGAGGCGCAACUGGUGGAGGGCGGAACCUCCAGAGCAGCAAUCAUGGCGGCCCGCCUGUGCGCGCAGCACUGGUGGUGCUUGUCGGGCACUCCCAUUCAGAAGGGCCCGCUAGACCUGCAGAGCUUGCUUCGGUUCUUCCGAGCCUCGCCGUUUGACCUGCCGUAA